AUGCCCACAGGUGCGCGGACUAUUCGGUCCGACUCAGCGCAGCCUAGCACAGCUCAUUUCACCUCAUCUCGGCCCAGCACGGCUCGUUUCACCUCGUCUCGGCCCAGCCGCGCGGGUCAGCGCACGGAUCAAAGUUCUCCAACCACUCUGCGGAACACUGAAUGCGGAGAGGUCAAAAAAAGCGGCAGAGAUUGCAGGGACGGGAUCUACGAUCAAUUGUAG